AUGCGGGUGUUGCUUGGUCUCUUUGGUUGUGUCGCUGCGGUCACCCAGCCGCUCUUGAAGAAAAAGCCUGCGGCGCAGGAGCUGGCAAGCGAAAUGUCACACGAUUUGGAGAUGAACUUCAACAAGAUUGCGCCUUUUGGUAUACUGCCUCCCGCUAAGAGAAAUGAAUUAGUGAUACUUGGUAUGAUCGUAUGGCGUUUUCUGACGCGGGGUAUUUCAUGUGGACAGGACAAAUUGAGUAUGCGGUUAUAUUUCUGACUUGCGGUGGUUGGGCAGUCUGUUGUCAGAAGAGAUGGGAUCGUUUCACUCUUUCUCCAAAGUCGCUUGAUAUCCCUUUCCAGGUAAGGAAGACACAGCAAAGGAGCUGCAAGACCACGCAGCGAAAACACAAGACACGUUGGUAGACGCAGUCGAAAAUGCGGAGGUCGCAGAAAUCAAACGAGCGGUAUUUCGUGCGUUGACGCGCCUACGCGCGGCGAGUGUGAAAGAAUUCGACACUAUCGCCAGAUUGGAGACACAGGCUAUCGAUGCGUACUGUUUUGUGACCAAUAGCACGCGUUUAUCUUUCGGAUGAAAUCGUUGAAUGCCACUCAGAGUAAGCGUAGAUGUAAUUGGGAAUACACCAGGGUCUUGCUCGAAAUGAAUCAAAGUGAUCUUAGUAUGCUUUGUUGACACGAGCAUCCAACGCCUUAGGUACAACGAUGCGCACCACUACCGCGCCGAAAACCCCUUGGAGCACCUGCACCAAGACGAAGCUCCAGUGGAUUCGGACAAGCUGAAGAGCUUCCACUGAAAUUUUUUUUCUGUUAUUGGGGUGCAGAUGUUCCUCAUUGGCAUCGAGUCGGCGCCGCGUCGAUGCUGAUGCCUAUUGUUGGACGAUGUAGAUGUGAACAGACGAUGUAUGCUGGAUAACAAUGGAAAGACGAAAGUCAUACUUUCGUCAGGUUGGAAACAGUGGGUGUGAGGUAAUGUGUUACAACGAGUCUGGAUUCAGUGAAUGGCUCGGGUGAUAGUGGUUAUCCCUAGAGAUUCUGAUUGCAUUGAACUUCCCCAGAUAUUUUCACACUCAAUGACUCGUACUCCGAUGUUCGUUUGCUAUUGAGUGUUGGGCAUUCUAUCGCAAAUCUGUGUUAUUUUUUCUUGUUACUGAUUCCUCAAGUCAUUUUCGGUAUUAGUAUGGUAUGUCUCCUCAAACUCACAAGUAUGUCUGGUACAAGUUCCCUUUUGGCUGUAUUUGGAAUGAGAUAUUAUGUCAGGUACCUGCAGGUGUUUCGUUUUUUCCGUGAGAAUGCAAUCAGAACAAAUAUCAGACAUACUGGUAUCCACGUAUCAGUGGAUGUGGAGCAGUGGACUAUGUCCAGCAUACUGUGUGCAGC